CAAUAAUAUAUUAGAUUUUGUCACGCAUUAUUGGUCAAGUAUUUUGUAUUGUUUUUUGUAUAAAUUAAAACCAAGCAACCAUGUUGUGUUGCGUCUGACUGCUGUGUUCCGCAGACAACAAACAGUUAAUAUGUCCACGCUCCCCUACUCGCGUCUUUACGGUACCGCGGCUCUUCCAAUCCCGCAGCACUUGCUCUCCUGCGGUCGCGUCCCGUUGCCAGAGCUUCAGUGACGCGGCGACGCUGGAUAUCGUUGUUAUUCAUUCACGCUUCGCGUUUCUCGCUUCGUUUCAUUACGUUUUUUUUUUUUUUUUUGCAGAACAUUUCGCCGAGGCAGAGCCGGUGCCCCCACGUUCGUCCUUCCUCGGGUUCGGGCUCCGUCGUGGAUGUCCCGCCGCGGACACCGCUGAUCCGUCAUCCGACGUCAGGACCUCUGAUCUCUAAGCAGAUUCUUAUUUAGGGAGACUUAUAUAAUCAGGCGAACAGAGGCGUCUGCUCCGCGCGCGCGUCGUCCUGCCGCGUUCAGUAGCUUCUUCUUAUUUAUCCGCUCAUUCAGUUCUUCGGUGGCGAGAGCGUCUCUGCCCGUGUUCAUGCCAGAUCUGCAGCGCUUCAGUUUCCCAUACCAUAGCAUGAAUCCUUUGUUGGGGGCCAACUCCAAUCUCCAACAGCUUCCCCAGCCGAGCCACGCGCCCGCACACCCGGACUCGCCCUCCGGCCUCCUGCCCGACGCCGUGUUCGGCGGAUCGGACCCGGCGUCUCUGCUGCUGGUCGAGCAGCCGGGCCUCGGGCCCGAGCAGCCCGGGCCCGACCUCCCCGCGCCGCCGCAGAGCGCACUGUACGUCCCGCACGGCCACAGCAGCCUGUACCCGCACCGCGCCGCGCCGCAUCCCCCCGCGGCCAUGGCGCUCCGAAACGACCUGGGCUCCAACAUCAGCGUGCUCAAGACCCUCAACCUGCGGUUCCGGUGCUUCCUGGCCAAGGUGCACGAGCUGGAACGCAGGAACAAGAUCCUGGAGAAGCAGCUGCAACAGGCGCUGGAUGCCAAUAAAGGGAGUCAAGGGGGCUGCUGCGGGAACCAAGGGCGUACCCAGGAAGCCGGCGUGCAGACCGGGUUUGUCGGUACCAUAGCCCUCAGGCCGGGCUCCCUCCCCUUCCACAACACCAACAACUCAGCCAGGAGGCCCACCACGCUGUUCACCCCCCCCCUCACCGCUGCAGACGGCACCGGUUCCACUCAAACCGGUAACCCGGCCAUCACCGUCACCCGCUCGUCCCCGUGCGUGGACUCGCCCGGCUCCGGACGCGGCCCCAACACCGGCACCGGCGGCCCCGCCAGCCUGCCUCCGCGCUUCCUGCCCGGCACCAUCUGGUCCUACAACCACACCCGCAGGCCGGGCCCCGGCGCCGAGCGCCUGACCAGCCCGGGGGUGUCCUGGGUGCAUCCGGACGGGGUGGGCGUCCAGAUUGACACCAUCACCCCUGAGAUCAGGGCCCUGUACAACGUCCUGGCCAAGGUGAAGAGGGAGCGGGACGAGUACAAGCGCAGAUGGGAAGAAGAAUAUACGAUGAGGAUGGAUCUGCAGCAGAAGAUUGUAGACCUGCAAGAGGACCUGCAAGAGAGCGAAGGAUGCCAGGACGAGCUCGCUCUCCGGGUUCAGCAGCUCAAGGCGGAGCUGGUGCUGUUCAAAGGCCUCAUGAGCAACAACCUGUCGGAGUUGGACAGUAAGAUCCAGGAGAAAGCCAUGAAGGUGGACAUGGACAUCUGCCGCAGGAUCGACAUCACCGCCCGCCUGUGCGACGUGGCCCAGCAGAGGAACUGUGAGGAUGUGAUCCAGAUGUACCAGUGCGUGUGUCUCCAGGUUCCCAACAACCAGCCGUCCCUGAACUGCCGGCGGAAGCAAACGCCCCUGUCGCUGAACGGCAGCGAGUGCGACGAGCCCGUCAGCACCUCGGAGAGCGACGGCGGCGUGGCGAAGGACGAGGAGCACGGCGGCUCGUCGGCCAAUCAAAUCAAUGAGGAGAUGCAGAGGAUGCUGAACCAGCUACGUGAGUGCGAGUUCGAGGACGAUUGCGACAGUCUGGCGUGGGAGGAGACAGAGGAGACGCUGCUGCUGUGGGAGGACUUCCCAGGAUGCACCUUGCCUCCCGACCCCACCCACCCACCUGGAGAGGACGACUGUCUUGAAAAGGUGAUCAACGACACAGAAUGUCUCUUUAAGUCCAGAGAGAAGGAAUAUCAGGAAACCAUUGACCAGAUUGAGCUGGAACUGGCGACGGCGAAGAGCGACAUGAACCGGCACCUGCACGAGUACAUGGAGAUGUGCUCCAUGAAGCGGGGCCUGGACGUGCAGAUGGAGACCUGCAGGAGGCUCAUCACCCAGAGCGGAGACAGCAACUCGUCUGACGACAGCGACCAGCGGGAGAAAGACAAGUCUUCAGCGUCGCCGCCUCCUUUCUCCGGCACAGGAAAGUCUUGACACCUCAUCACCACGGCAGAAAGGGAGGCUGUGGUCAUGCAACCGCCACUGCACCUAGCUCCAGUACGGCACCAAUGCAACGCACAGCAGCACCAUGUUUACACAUGAACCUCUUCAUUUCCUGACACGUAUUGUUUUUUUUCCUCGCCUGUAAGUGAGUAGUAGAGCUGGAUUAUUGUCAUUACAGGCUGUUUAGCAGCAGUUGGGGAUCGAGUCUUGAAACUGGCUUAGGACUUAAGCUGUAGCAGGCUGAGUUUUCUCAGUCGUGUGUAGUCAGAGUAUAUAGAAGAACACGGCAUGCACUUUUCAGUCUUUACCAACAUAGGUGACAAAAAUCUAAUCAAAUCAAAGUGUUAACUGUCUAUUCAACUCUGCAAAAUAUGAUUUAAAAACCCAGCAGCAAGCCCACAAAAGAGGAUCUGUGCAGUGGUGGUUCACACCUGCCUCCAUUGUCAAGUAUUGAUCUGCGAUAACGGCAACAUCUGCUUUGUAAUACCUCAAUUCAAAUCUGUGGAGAAGCUGAUUCAUUGUCGGAAGCGGUCAAUGUAGCUCGUCAAUACUUCCACUGUCAUUAAAAUAGAUUUCAGUGCACGUACACAUGUAGUGAUGUAAGUGUUAGGAAGAGGAACAUGCACACCUCCAUACCCUGAGCUGUUCAUCCCAGAAUAGCAUCCAGACCAUCUGAGCAACAUCAUUGAAGUGUCACUCGAAAAUAAUGCAGAUUAAAGGUGGUGGAUCAGACUGCGUGAAACACGUACGCUCUAAAAACGGUGCUUCAUGAGAAAUCUGAUGGUGUAGCUGAUAUCAGAGGAGGAUGUAGCUGCUGGAGCAUGAUUUCUGUCCUCUCCCUCAUGUGGGAACAUGGCACCCAAGUGUCACGUCCCACGCGUUAAGUUUUCAGCACUUAGUACUUAGGUCAGAUCGAAGGCCUGGCAUCGUUCGAGCAGAGCUGCAUGGUCGAGCAGAAUCACCUGCGAAAUGGUAAUAAAAUACUAAUAAGUUGAGCCGUUGAGUGCCAAAGCAAAAACGUGGUGUGAUUCAACAGGAAACUGCUGAGAGAGCAAGUAAAUAUAGCUGUGUGAGCUAUGUCACCAAGGUGCUUGAUGUAUAUAACAAAACCUAUUUUUGAGCCUAACGUUUGCACAUUGGAAGAAAGAGCAAAGCAAAAAUGUACGAAGCCAUCAGCACUAGUGUGUGUAACAUGUAGCGAAACACUGGACGUAUGUUUUAUUCCGACUUCCUCGUCUUCUACGUGUUGGGGACGUGAACACGGACCUCAGCAUCAUCGUUGAUCAGGGCACAUUUAGAUGCAAACUCUCCUCUUUGCUUUAGUAAAACAUGUUAUUGACACAAGGAAGCGUCGUUACUUUUCCGGCGCUCUCGUCUAAAUAUAGCUUACGUGUGGUCGCAGCAGGUGAAAUGUCUGAACUGCGACGCGCACGGCAGCGCUGGCGCGGCAGGUGACGCUCGUAUGAAGUCGUGCAUGUCUGGAGUCGGGCCUUGGGCCCGUCUGAAUGUUUGAAGCCCGGAGGAGAAUGCCAGCGCUAAAACGCACCGUUUCCCUGUUCACACACUGAGUGGGUCUAUGUAUGCAUGUACCAGUGUGUGCGUUUGGGUGUCACGUCAUUUAAAAAAUGGCUUUUGCUGCGGCACACGACGAAAAGGAGUCACGUCUGACUUUCAGUGAGAUUUAUGAACUGUACUUUGUCAAUAAGCAAAAAACGCAUAAAUGAAACGUAGCGGAUUGCUUCUCCCCACAUAGAGAUGUGACUGUGUGUGAUCGGCAGAUAAAGUCCUUUAAAAAUAACUGAAGUUUAAAAAAAAAGAAAAAGAGCUGCAGAAAUGCAAAUGCUUUAGCAAAAUGACUGUACCGCGGCUUUGAUAUUAUACGUGUAGAGGAAAUAUAGCUUUGAAUACGUACUUGGGUUUGAAGUCUGCGAGUGUCAGUCACUUUAAAAAGAAGCUGGCAAAAUAAAGAUGGAAAAGAUAAAUUUGGGCUUUGAAGCUUUGAAUGGAAACAAUAGCAGUUAACGCUAAAAUGGUGAUUUAUUAACGUCGCCUCUUCUGUGUCUUCACAGAAGAAGUCUAAUUAAACCUGGUGUGAUUUGAUGAUGAUCCACGUUGAUCAUCAGCUAUAGACGUGACUGCGGCUUCAAACAUCAGGUCGUUUGGCUGGAAAGCUUCUCUGCAGAGCUACAGUAUGUAAUGUGUUACGAGACUGAAAGAAUAAAAGAUGCAAAUGCAA